AUGGAAGAUGAGCUGAAUUCUUUAAGCGAAGAACUCAGAGAUUAUGUAAUUCAACGCGAAGAUUUCAGUGUAGAAAAGAUUAUCGCUGAAGGUGGACAUGGAAAAGUAUACUUUGCAAGAAAUAAAACAAAUCAAAUUUCAUGUGCACUCAAAGAACUCAACGUUGAAGCAUUUAAUGAUAAAACUAUAAAAGAGUAUAAGCAAGAAAUCAAAGUAAUGUCACUUUCUAACAAUUUUUUUGUUGUUCCAUUUGUUGGAUUUACAACUAAACAUCCGUAUACAAUAAUCACACGAUUUAUUCCAAAUGGAAGCGUAUAUGAAGCAUUACAUUCAACUGAUUCUUCAAAAAAACUUACAGGUACCCAAAAAACAAUAAUUGCUCUUGGUGUAGCUGCAGGUAUGGCUCAUCUUCAUUCUCGUGGCAUAAUACAUAGAGAUUUAAAGUCUCUUAACGUACUUUUAGACUCAAAAACAUAUCCGAAAAUUUGUGAUUUCGGAUUAUCUCAUUUUGACACAGAUUCAUCAAUUAUUGACCAAAAUACAGGAACACCACACUUGAUGGCACCAGAAUUGUUCGAAUCUAAACCGUAUACAAACAAAGUUGACGUUUAUUCUUACGGAAUUUUAUUAUACGAAUUAUUAACUUCAAAAAUACCAUUUAACGGAAUGACGUCAUUACAAAUCAUGAAUGCAGUCUGCAUAGAGAAAAAGAGACCAAAAAUACCAGAUUCUGCUCCAGAAAAAUUAAAAUUUCUAAUAAAUUUAUGUUGGUCGCAAAAUCCAGAUUUCAGACCAUCAUUCGACAGUAUAUAUCAAUUAUUUGCUGAUCACAAGGUCGGAUUCGAUCAAACUGACUUUAAUGAAGUUGAUAAAUUAAUUUCAGAGUUUUCAUCGAUGUCAGAUAAAUACAGUAACUCUAUAGCAUACAGAUAUAGCAAAGAUAUCGUUAAUGAUCAAAACGAAGAAGAUAUAAUAAAUUAUAUUUCAAUAAUCGAGUUUGGAGACAAAGAUUCAAUUGAGAUCUGCGCCAAAACAUUACCUUUAAAGCAAAUACCCAAUUUCUUUGAAGCAGUUCGAUAUUUUUUGAAAAAUACCAAAAAUGAAAUUCCAAUUUUGAAAGAUCUACUGAUAAUUAUCCUCAAAAUGAUCACUACUAAUACUAAGAAUACAAAGGCCUUUGCAAAUUCAGGGAUUAUCGACAUUUUACCGUUUAAUUCAGAUUAUUAUAAAAUAUCUUUUUCAAUUUUGGAGCCAGUCAUAGAGAUUUAUCCAAGAACAGUUACAGAAGACAUCAUUGAGGCCAUAUUUGCGUUUUCGGAGUCAGAUCCCUUGAAAGUACUCCGUUUAUCCAAAAUUGUUUCUUUACAUUUCGAUUCUUUGGAGAAAACGAAGUGGUUUUUCGCAAACGAGCUUAUGAAUCGAUCAGAAACAUUCAUGAAUACAAAAUACUCUUUAUUGUACAUUAGAAUAUUAAGACAGAUCCUUUAA